AUGGGCGAGCGAUCUAUCUUUCAACAAGUGCAGGACACCUUCAUCUACCUCCGUGAGCGUUUGCCAAUCGAACUUCAAAAGCCAAGAUUUGCGAUAAUAUGUGGAUCCGGCCUGGGUGGACUAGCAGCGUCAGUGAACAAGAGCCCCAGGGCUGAGUUUGAGUAUGGAUCGAUUCCACAUUUUCCCAUUUCAACAGUGCCUGGCCAUGUCGGCAAACUCGUUUUCGGAACCCUCGGGGCAGAUAUUCCUGGAGUAUUGAUGGUUGGCCGACCACACUACUACGAAGGCCACACAGUCGACAGAAUCACGUUCCCUGUCCGGCUAUUCAAACUACUAGGGAUCGAAAUGAUUGUUGUCACAAAUGCGUCAGGGGCACUGAAUCCUGAAUACAAAGUUGGAGAUAUUGUCGUGCUGAACGAUCAUAUUUUUCUUGCUGGUCUUGCUGGAACACAUCCACUCCGCGGUCCGAACGAAGAGGAAUUUGGUGUUCGGUUUCCCUCUCUAUCAGAUGCGUAUGAUAUUGGGCUUCGCAGGACUAUCCACCACGCUUGGGGAAAAGUGAUAGCAGCAGAAAAUAAAAGGAGACUGUAUGAGGGGGUGUACGCAUUUGUUGGAGGACCAAGCUAUGAGACGAGGGCUGAAUGCCGACUGUUACGACAACUAGGCGCAGACCUCGUUGGGAUGUCCACGGUCCCUGAGAUCAUAGUGGCAAGACACUGUGGAAUCAAGGUACUCGCGCUAAGCCUGGUGACGAAUAAUGCAGUCCUGGCUCCCGUUCCACGUGGAGACGAUAGACUUUUGCAAGGUUCGACGGCGGGAGAGCUAGACACCAUAGUGGAGGAGGGCAAGGCCACACAUGAAGAAGUGCUUGAGGCGGGCCGGCUUGCAGCUGUAGAUAUGCAGUGGACAUUUUCGCCACAACCGACAAUUAAUGGGAUUGUCGUUUAUUCAUCGAUACAGCUUGAUGUCGAAUGUCGACCGGGGCCGGAUAAUAAGGCGUCCAGAGCGAUAGGCGAAUACUCCACAAAGGGAGUUUCUAUUUAA